UUCAUUCUAGUUUUGAAACAGUGAGUGAUAAAGUCAGCCUUCGAGCGAGUUGAACAGGGUUUCAAGAAGUAGAAAGAAAUGCAAGCCGAAGAUGUAAACACUCUCCGUCCUUUCCCCUGUGGUAAAAACCUGCGGUAAAUGCUGUAUGAUAUCUAAACUAAGAUGUAGAGAAUUUUAACACGGUGACUAAUUUGAGCUGUGGUACACUAAAGUGGAAUUUUGAAAUAAUUGUGAUUGUUACAUCUUCGAUUUGUGAAACAUCCUCCAGGUCCCCAGUACUAAAAUACAAAAACAAUGCUCGAUGAAUUGCUGUUAAUUUUGUUAAACUGAAAUUUGUCCUUUCUGAAACUUUACUACCCGAAGACUGAAAAUGAAUUUAUUCUAUCUGUGCCUUCUGCUGAAUUUCUUGAAAUUGGUUGAUUCAAUUCAUCCGGAGUGUGCCUUAAUUUCAGAGCUUUUAGAAGCCAAGUCUCUGUGUUUUGAAAAGCUACAAGAGGAGUCAUUUAACAUUACAGAGAAAAGUGGGUGUCCAACAGACUGGGACGAAAUACAUUGCUGGCCCAGGGCAGAUGUUGGCCAUGUUGUCAGAGUGACAUGUUCCGAAGUAUUUCAUCAUCUUAAAACUAAACAAGGGCACAUCUUCAGAAACUGUACGAGUAUAGGUUGGACAGAGCCACAUCCACUCUAUCUAGAUGCAUGUGACAUUGAUGAAGACACAGAACCUGAAAAUGAGAAAACAUACUAUUCAACGUUUAGACAUGUCUACACCGCAGGGUAUUCUACAUCAGUGAUAUCAUUAAUAACAGCCAUUAUUGUCUUCACUGCUUUCAGAAAGUUCCACUGUACCAGAAAUUAUAUUCACAUUAACCUGUUUGCAUCAUUCAUUCUCCGAGCUAGCGCUGUGUUUAUAAAGGAUGGCAUACUGUUUGCAGAUGAAAACACAGAUCAUUGUUUCAUGUCAACGAUCUCUUGUAAGUCUGCUGUUGGGUUCUUUCAGUUCAGCAUACUGGCAAAUUUCUUUUGGCUGCUGGUAGAAGGCAUGUAUCUGCAGACACUUCUUGCUCUCACUUUUGUUUCACAGAAAAAAUAUUUCUGGUGGUACAUAUUAAUAGGAUGGGGCUUUCCAACUACAGUGUUAACUGUAUGGGUCCUCACUAGGAUAUAUUACGAUAACAGAGGGUGCUGGGAUGAUAAUGAUAAUGCGGUUUGGUGGAUUAUCAAAGGACCAAUAUUGGUGUCAGUGUUAGUGAACUUUGUCAUAUUCAUCAACGUGAUACGGAUUCUGGUGCAAAAGAUAAAGGUGCCAGCUGUGGGAGGAAAUGACACUAGCCAUUUUAUGAGGCUUGCAAAAUCAACCUUAUUUCUUAUUCCACUGUUUGGAGUUCACUACACAGUCUUUGCAUUCUUCCCUGAAAAUACCGGAGUAUACGCAAGGCUUUACAUAGAGCUGGGAUUAGGCUCUUUUCAGGGCUUUGUUGUGGCUUUACUCUACUGUUUCCUGAAUGGAGAGGUUCAGGCGGAAAUGAAGAAGCGACUUGCUAAGUGGCACAACCAAGGUUAUUCAACUUUUACACAGAAACGUAAAACUUUGUUCACAGAGAGCAGCACUGUAACUCAGCUCACUGUUUUAGAAAAACCUAGCCCUAAAAGAAAACCUUCUGAGUACCAGAACAGUAUUUCUUCUGUUUAAUUAUUUUGUCUGCUGGUUACUUAAAUUUUAAUAUAAUUAUUUGCAAUUAUUAUGUACUAGGAAAAUGGAGUGUGAAAUGGUUUAUUUUGGUUAUUGUAGCCCAUGUUUGUGAUAUCUAUAGUCUUUUCUAUUCCAAGUUUAAUGUUACUUUAUUAAUGGAUUUCAUUGCACAUUUAUGAGAAGAAGGUUCCUAUACACUUCAUAGAAUAAUUAUAGUUUUGAUUGCCACAUAAUGAGUAUGAAACAAGAGUAUGUAGUAUGAAGAGUAUUUUAGUUUCCUUUAAAAAACAAUGUGCUUAUUAAUAUAUUACUGUCUGUAAAUAAAAUAUGUGCUUUAUUUUCUAAUGUUGAAAAUCAAACAAGUAUCUGGAGCACUAGACUGUAAAUUGUAUUUUAAUGUACGUUUUACUACAAAAUUAUAUUUUAGAAAAUGCUGUUCAUAAUGUAUUGACACAUCAAAAGAUUUAGCAAUCUUUAAUACAGAGUCCUUAAAUUAUAUACAGUAAUAAUAUUGCUGCAUUUCCCAAAUAUUGCAAUAUGCAACAUUUUGAAAGAUUAACUUUGGCAGGGGCAGCAUGGUGGCACAAUAGAAUUGCUGCCUCACAGUGCUGGGAACCUUGGUUUAACUCUGGACCUGGGGUGCUUUCUGUCUGGAGUUUGUAUGUUGACCCUGUUUUUGUGCACAUUUUCCCUCAAGUGUUCUGGUUGCCUCCCACACUCCAAAGACAUGCUAGUAUGCUAAUGCAUUCUGGGAAAAUUUGCCUUGGUGUGAGUGUGUGCAUGUUAGUCUGCUUGUGCUCUGGGAUGGACUGGUGUCCUGCUUGUUCCUGUUGCUUGCCUGAAUAGUCUUCAGCUCCCCUGAGACCCUACUGUAUCUUGCAUAAAAUGGAUUAAUGAAACUUUGGUAUUUAAGUUGAUUAUAUUUGACAACAUUAUUUAAGUUAUAGAAAAAUGUGAGCUAUGUGAUUUUGGAUUAAGUUAUCAAAUAGUUUUUUUUUCUUUUUGCAGUUUUGCUCACUGAUUUUCCUUAUAUUUUUGGACAGUGAAUGUGGUUGUGUAAUGAGGUGUGAUCAUUUUUAUCUGUGUAAUAAGUUAAAACUAGGUAUAAAGAAUAUAUAUAUAUAUCAAAAUACUGAUAAUUGAUGCUUUGACAUGUAAGCAGGGUGUUGUGGUUCAUAGUUCAGCUAGUUUGGAAAUUUCUAUAUACAGUAUGUACAGGAGAAAAGUCUGAAUCCUCAAAAACCUCUUACCUGAAGAGAGACAGGGCAUUAUAAAGAGCAUGGAGAACUAAACAUCUAGAGCAUUUCAGCUACCAGAGGUAGUUGUUGCCCACACAACUUGAACAGAAAAUAGAGUUAGUUCAGAUAUUGUGUGGUUAUCUCAGAAGGCCUUUAGAAAAGUAAUUGAAUGCUUUUGUAGAUAUACUAUUUGAUAGUAAGUUGAACAUUCUUGUACCUUGAAGCAACCCAUUGUACAGGAUAUUGCCCUAUGUUUUACAUAAGGUAGGUUUAUCAUAGAAUGAAAUUAUGGAGAUGAGCUUCUUAUAAGGAAAAUAUUAUAUAAUAAUAAUAAACUUGCCAUUAUUAGGUGGCUUC